GAAAGCGCGCGUUCGUUCGAGCACGUUCGUCUCUGCGUGCGCGAGCGCGUGUCGAGUCAGCUGGUCGCUGUGGCGUGCUCGUGUUGUGCACGUCGUGGGGGGACAAGGUGAGGAAGGCUCGGCGGCGGACAGUUUUCUGGGGUGGGGGGUGAGAACAGUUCGUACCGAGUCUCCGCCGCGGACAGUCGAGCCUCCUGACCCGGACCCGCCUGGAGCCUCCUCCUUCAGAACAAGUGCUGGUGAGACCAGGGGGUUCCCUGUGAGAGGGAACACUAAACAAACGUCAUGGCCUUAGCAGGAUGUCCUGACUACUACUUGCGCCACUCAAACUAUCAGGAAAAGAUGGAGCACACUUCCACUCGCCGACCUGAGGAGCUGAUUGUUUCGGGCUAUCAACGCUCAGCCAACCAAGCUUUGCCACAUCACAAUGAUGAUGACGUAGACCUGGAGCAGCUGGUGAAUGACAUGAACUCAUCUGUGGAGAGCAUUCAGUCUACGCAGGAAGACACGGCGCUCCUCCUAAACAACGGCCACGUGCACACUCCACGCCACCAUCAUGGACAUCCUGCCUCCCUGGGUCAAAGCCAGGUUCAUCGCCGUCACAACCCAGCUCUGCCCCUUUCUUCCCCCUCCAAGCUGAAACACACUCAGCCGAUGCACAUCCAGGCUGUCAGGUGCUUAAGGGAGGAGCAGCAUCUGCGUCCAGCUUCUCUGCCGGCCAUCCCCAACCCUUUCCCAGAGCUCUGCAGCCCGGCAGGGUCCCCUGUUCUCAGCCCCCUGCAGACCCCCGACAGCCAUAACUUUUUUCCAGAGCAUAUGGUGGCUUGGUGUCACGAGUCCGAUGGUUCAAUCCCUCAGGCACAGCUCUUACAGAACUUUCUGAACUCCAGCAGCUGUCCUGAGAUCCAGGGCUAUCUUUAUGUGAAGGAGCCUGGAAGAAAGUCCUGGAAGAAGCUGUACAUGUUGCUGCGCCGCUCCGGCCUCUACUACUCUGCUAAAGGAACAUCCAAGGAACCCAGACACCUUCAGCUGCUCUCAGAUCUGGAGGAUAGUAACAUCUUCACCGUCAUCACAGGCAGAAGACUUCACAACGCUCCCACAGAACACCAGUUCUGCAUCAAGCCCAGUAAAGCGAGGAGCGACUGUAAGGAGCUCAAGAUGCUGUGUGCAGAGGACGAGCAGAGCAGAACCUGCUGGAUGACUGCCUUCAGACUGCUCAAAUUUGGGCUGGUGCUGUAUCAGAACUACAACGUGCCCCAACAGAGAAAGUCCAGCAGCUCAACUUUCUCUGCGCCUGUGCGGAGCGUGUCCGAGAACUCCCUGGUUGCCAUGGACUUCUCAGGACGGACGGGCCGCGUCAUCGACAACCCCGUGGAGGCUCAGAGCGCCGCCCUGGAGGAGGGACAGACCUGGAGGGCACCCAUCCUCCUUAAGCUCAGUGAUCCACAGGACACAAGUGUGGUUCCAUGGUCGCAUCAUGAGAGAGGAAGCACACAGAAUGAUCAUACAGCAAGGUCAAGUUGAUGGGCUGUUCCUGGUGCGGGACAGUCAGAGUACUCCCAAGGCGUUUGUGCUCACCUUGUGCCACCAUCAGAAGAUCAAGCACUUCCAGAUCCUGCCGUGUGAGGAGGACGGCCAGGUGUUCUUCAGCCUGGACGACGGCUCCACCAAGUUCACCGACCUGAUCCACCUGGUGGAGUUCUACCAGCUCAACAGAGGAGUGCUGCCCUGCAAGCUCAAAAACCCCUGCACCGCCGUGGCCUUGUGACACUCCACCCCACACCCCCUUUGACACCACCCAUUUUUUUUGCACACCUCUCACCCUGAGAUCCCCCACCCUCCCCCCAACCUAUACAAUGGGGUUGCGGAGGUGGAGAAAAGCAACGCUGUGAUUCUGGGAUGUAACCAGCCCACCGGGAGCCGUUCUAACGCCGUUCUCUGCUUGUUCUCUGGAUGUUUGACGCUCGGACC